AUGUCUGACGCCGAGUUCCCGGACCAAGAUCAGGUCGUAGAGUUCGACCUACCGCUGCAUUACGAUAAUGCCCGCGAUUUCUUUGGCCAGCAUCACGAGCUUCUUCACAGACUCCGACUAGACGACUCAGACAAAUAUUUGGUCAAUGUGUUUACUACGGUGGCUGCUCUCUGUGAUCCGUACACGCAGCCCGAGGACAAUGAUACUAACCCAUUGAGUGUGGCCUGUUUAGCUGAUGUGGCCAUUGCCCUUACAUAUAAGCAGCUUCUUGAACAUAGACAUGCGGAGGGACUAGAUCAGGACGAUGGAGAACACCUGCCGCCUUUGUUGAGUUCUUUACGGUUUACCAUUUCGAUAAAGUUCUUUUCUAUACUAGAUUGCAUCCACAGGGCCCUUAAUGCAGAAGAUCCAGUGAGAAUAAAUGCUCUUCAGGACAAGAUGCUACUAUGGGAACUAAGAGAGCCUUAUUGGCUUCCGAUAUUCGAUGAACUGGAGGAAUACGAGGCAAAGUUAUGCUACUACAUGGCUUGCGUGCUGAUCUUUGCCAUCUACAAGUUAUUCCAACCAGAGGACGGAAGUCCAUAUAACCCUGCAUUGAACCCAUACACUGACUAUUUCGUCCGCCUGUGGAAAGCUCACACUGGCAUUUUGAAGCUUGCGUUCGAGCUAGAUCAGGCUCUUGAAGAGUAUGCAUUCCAAAAUAGCGACGAGUACUUUGACACCCCAGAGAACGUGAAAAGAGCACUCCUAGGAUCCAGUGCCAUUCGAUGCGUGUUGGCCUACAUUCUAAACCAAGCAAUGCCUGAUAUAUUCUCUGAAGAAAUUCUCAAAAAAGACAGGAAACAGCAUGAGUAUGAUAUUGCUGAGCAGCCCUUACUUGAUUUUUACGACCCACUUGCUCGAAAAAGAACCGCUGGUGGCUCUCUCAUCAGUAGAUUUCCUCAUUUACAAAUAGCUCAGUUCAUCUUGCGAAUACACAUGCCUGAUAUUCGUCCUGAGCAUGACAGCUAUGAAUUCAUGCUCCGAAAGCAGCGUUUUGAAGUACCACAUAGAUUUUAUCGUUAUGAAAGAAAGAUGUACAGGCUGCAAGUCGAGUACGUUGAUCGCUACGACAUGGACAUCGAUAUAAGAGACUAUCUCGAUGAUGAGAUGAAAUAUGUGUUUUUCGGUUACGCUGACUCUGAGGAAGAUGAGGAAGAAGACCAGCCGAGCGGUGGCGGUGAACAAGAGUCCAAAUUUCCAAUGGCUUUACGUUCUGAUCGAAACGAGAAAGUUGACGAGGAGGGUAUAGACUGGAGCGAUUGUGCCAGAGGGGAGAAUGUAAAGUUUUCGAAGAGUUUCCUUGAUCUGCUCGAUGCCCCAGCCUUUGUCAAUUCAAUGGACGACUUCACUAAUCUCGUCGACACUACGUUGAUGAUAGGGUUCUUACACCCCGAUCUCAAACAUUACUCCUACUUUGGUGAGAGUAUCUUGCGCACUAUUGCUCAAAGUAUCAAAGACGAAGAUGAUGAGGAAGUCACAGAGAAGUUACUGCCAUUGUCGAUUUACGAGUUCCUCGUGUCCCCACCAAAGAAUCCAGUGUAUAAGUUACCUUCAACUUACAAACCCGUGUCCGAUAUGACAGUUACAAGGUUUGAGUACUUAUUGGCAUACAACCUGGAUCUUGCAGGUUGCAUCAUAGAUGAGAUGCUUAUGUGUGAUGGCUUUCGCAGAACCUUCAUCUGGUUCAUCACCCAUUUGGUCAACUACUCUCCUCUUUUAAUUGACUAUGUCUAUGAAUUGGCUACAGGAAAAAGGGGCGACGCUAAGAGGGGUAAAGAAAGUAUGCAUAAGUUCUCUAGGGUCGGGGCUCUUGAACUUUCAACAAUUGAGCGACUGAUGCUUCUUCACGAAUUCCUUAGUAACUUAUCAUCGUGGGUAUUCAGUCACUACGAUCAUACAAAUCAAAGGCUCAUUGCUCUCAUGUCGUAUGUCUGUCUCAUGCUUAGGAGGUUGAUCGACGAAGGUAUCAUCACAACAGCAAACAGCGCCUCAUAUCUCGAUAACUAUAAAGGUGAGAUUGAGGUACUAUUGAUGACAUUGAUGAGUGACGUACCUCAGGCGAGAGAACUAUUCAUUGAGAUCAAAGGCGGUACCGGUAAGACGCAAGAGGAAAGACUACUAUGGAAUAGGCUUAUGCACAAGGACACUGCUACGCUUGAGGAAACUCUCGAGGACAUUUCAAAAUUACCAUUGGGGCUGCUCACUAUCUGGGAUAGACAGGACAGUACAAGCCGAAUGAAGGUCGUUCAGCUAUUAGAAAGAAUUCGUGCAGCUUGCAUAUACUUCUACGGCGCCUCGAACUAUGCACUGGAGACCUCAGAUUCCAAAGAGGAAGAUUUGAACUUGGGUACUGUUGUUAGAGACUUCCGCUUGCUUUUCCAAUACUUCCCGCUAAUAAGUCGGUGCAAAGAGGUUGUUUUCAUGAUCAGCUUCCAUAUAGCUCUGAGGAAUCUUAUGCAAGUAGAGCCAAUCUUUGAAGCGGAGCUACCAACAAUGACCGCCGUCGAUAACGAAAUUAACGAAUCUACCAGUCCCAAUCAUGGCAAGAAGAAAAAGUCUAAAAAAAGGGCUAAAGGAAAUUAG